AAUAAGAUAAAUUUGAAAAAAGAACUCACCUCUUUAGUUUAAUAAUUUAAAGAAAGAUUAGAAUUGGGUUCUAGAGAUGGCAUAUGAGUGGUUCAUGAGCAUCGACUUAUUAAGGUUCAUUCAUUUAGAGUAUUAGAAAAAUUGUAAUAAAAAAUAUGAUAAAGCAAAGGAGAAAUGCAGACAAUUAGAGGAUGAAUUAAAAAAAACCAGGAAUCUAAAUGAAAUACUAUUUAAGAAGAAUUAGGAAAAUGAAUUUCAAAUCGUGAACAAAUGAA